AUGUUUGGUUCCCUUCACCCUUUGUCCCACUUUCAAGUGAUGGCUAGCAACACAAUGUUUGGUUCCCUUCACCCUUUGUCCCACUUUCAAGUGAUGGGUAGCAACACAAUGUUUGGUUCCCUUCACCCUUUGUCCCACUUUCAAGUGAUGGCUAGCAACACAAUGUUUGGUUCCCUUCACCCUUUGUCCCACUUUCAAGUGAUGGGUAGCAACACAAUGUUUGGUUCCCUUCACCCUUUGUCCCACUUUCAAGUGAUGGGUAGCAACACAAUGUUUGGUUCCCUUCACCCUUUGUCCCACUUUCAAGUGAUGGCUAGCAACACAAUGUUUGGUUCCCUUCACCCUUUGUCCCACUUUCAAGUGAUGGGUAGCAACACAAUGUUUGGUUCCCUUCACCCUUUGUCCCACUUUCAAGUGAUGGCUAGCAACACAAUGUUUGGUUCCCUUCACCCUUUGUCCCACUUUCAAGUGAUGGCUAGCAACACAAUGUUUGGUUCCCUUCACCCUUUGUCCCACUUUCACAAUGUUUAA